AAAAAACUCUAUUCGGAGAGACAAUGAGAUAAAGAGAGGAUCUUAUCUUUGGUGAAAAAGGAGAGCGGAAAACACUACAGAUAAUAUUUUUUUCUCCUGCUUAUAUAUUUUAUUUCCGUUGUUCUCCGCUGCCAAUCUGCCAUAUCAGGAGAAAUAUAACACACACACUACAACGUUGGAGAGCUUUGUACCUUUUCAUGGAUUUUGAUUUUAAAAUAUUUUAGUUUUGCUUCUAGGGUUUUCUCCUCACCUCAGCACCAACAAACAUAACGCUAGCUUUUCUGGAAACAAUUCUAUAAUUUUAAUACCUUCAAUUCCCUUAGUGUUAAAGAGACAGGAUGAAUCACUGUGUUCCAGAUUCCGAAAUGGAAGACGAUGAUUCAAUCCCUUCUUCUAGUUUAACUCGCUCUAAAAAGCCUUCCAUACCGGAGGAUGAAGUUAUGGAGCUGUUGUGGCAAAACGGUCAAGUUGUUAUGCAGAGUCAAAAUCAAAGAUUUACAAAAAUAUCGCCGCCCUUCAAAUUCCAGGAUUCCGACCAAUCAGCUGCCAGAGAGAUCCGGUCUUCGUCAUAUCACCAUCGUCAUCAACAACAGCAGCAGCAAUUGCUUACCGACAAUCAUCUCUUUAUGCAAGAAGAUGAAAUGGCUUCAUGGCUUCACUAUCCUCUCGGCGACGCUAGCUUCGACCCCGAUUUCUGUGCUGAUCUCCUCUAUCCCUCCUCCGCCGCCGCAGCCCCUUGCGUUACCUCAGCCACCGCUACAACCUCCCCCGCUCCACCUCCGCUCGGAACAGUUUCUCAAUUUUCAGCUUCGGCUUCUACCCCGGUACCGCCGUCGAGGAGGAAUGAGUUGGAGUCAUCGAGGAUCCAGAACUUCGUUCACUUCUCCAGGAAUAAAGCGGCGAGGGCGGAGCAAUCUGCACCGUCGAAUUUUAAAAGCGCAGUUAGAGAAUCGACGGUCGUUGAUUCCAGCGACACUCCGGCGAUGGCUCCCGAAUCAGGAGCCGUUUGGGCCAUGCCGAGCAACACUGAGGCGGCAUCUGGCGGGAACAACAACACUGACUGCACCAACAUGAGCGUCGCCGCUGGAGCCAGCACUCAAUCAGCUGGAGUCAGCGGGAGUGCCAGCAAAGACAACUUAGCCAUGUUCGAGGUCACAGUGACAUCAUCCCCUGGCGGCUCAAGUUCUAGUGCCGACCCGACGGCUCAAAAGGCUGCACCGGCUGAGGACCGGAAGCGUAAAGGAAGAGAACUGGACGACGCCGAAUGUCACCGCGAGGAUGUUGAAUUUGAAUCCCCUGAGACAAAGAAACAAGCGCGUGGAUCCACGUCAUCAAAAAGGUCUCGUGCUGCAGAGGUCCAUAACCUUUCAGAGAGGAGACGCAGAGAUAGGAUAAAUGAAAAGAUGAGGGCUUUGCAAGAACUUAUACCUCGUUGCAACAAGUCCGACAAAGCCUCGAUGCUGGAUGAAGCUAUUGAGUACUUGAAGUCACUUCAGUUGCAAGUUCAGAUGAUGUCCAUGGGUUGUGGCAUGGUUCCGAUGAUGUUUCCUGGUGUUCAGCAGUACAUGCCAACAAUGGGGAUGGGGAUGGGCAUGGGCAUGGAUAUAGGAAGGCCAAUGAUGCCAUUUCCCAAUGUUUUGGCUGGCUCACCUUUACCAACACCAGCCCCUGCUGCUCAUUUGGGUCCAAGAUUUCCAAUGCCAGUCUUUCAUAUGGCACCACCUGCUCCACCUACCGAUCCAUCAAGAAUCCAACCGAACAAUCAGUCAGACACCAUGUUAAAUCCGCUUAGCAUGCAAAACCCGUAUCAGCAGCCUUGUGUCCCAAAUUUUGCCGAUCCUUAUCAGCAGUAUAAUAUUGGUCUUCACCCGAUGCAAUUACCCUCUCCACAGAAUCAAACCAUAGCUCAGCCAAGUUCUAGUAGACCAAGUACCAGCAAGGGAGCAGAUAAUCUUGAGAAUCACCCAUCAGGUGACAUGGGAAGAUAGCACUAAAAAGUUUUACAAGUUAUGGGCAGCAUCAGCAACUCUGGGACCGCUGGCAGAAUGUAUUAUCUGAAAUGCAGUGGAGUGCUGGUUGCUUGUGUAUUUCUUUUUGACUUGCCAUAACAUAAAAAAAAACAUUGUUCCUGUGCAUUGCAGGUUGACAAUUCUACUUGGGAUCACUCAGGGAAAGGUUCUUGCCUUCUCUAAAGUUUUGUUAGUGUAAUAGAAUCUCUUCUCGUCUCAGACCAACUUUUUCUGUUUUGAGCUAACAGAGCUAGAAUGUAAUUAUUACACCACCAUAGAAAAUAGUAGUUCUUUACUUUCCGA